AUGACUAAAAACAAGACGUAUACAUACGAGGAAGUAGCAAAGCACAACAAACCCAACGACCUAUGGAUGGUUAUCCACAACAAGGUGUUUGACAUUACACCCUUUAUCGACGAGCAUCCUGGUGGUGAGGAAGUGCUUUUUGAUGAAGGUGCAAAGGAUGCUUCUGGACCGUUUGAUGACGUGGGUCACUCUGAUGAUGCUCGAGAAUUGAUGACAAAGUAUUAUAUCGGUGACAUUGACUCCAAGUCAGCUCCCGUUAUCCCAUCCGAAAGUAGGACAACCGUACCAAGAAGCCAAGGUCAACAGGGAAAUGCUUUACGCGUUGCUAUCCCUAUUGCCAUUCUACUCGCAGCUUUGGGUUAUCGAUACUAUUAUGCAUCUCAAUAA